GUCUCUGAACCACCUUGCAGUUUCUAACAAUGCUCCCGCAUUCAAUAUUUGCAUAACCUGUUCAGCACGCUUAAGUAAACAAUGCCAGCUCAACAGUGUGUUUGAUUACAGUUGCUGUGACGUACAGCGUGACGUGUGUUUACUCAGAACCUCCACCUGUUGAGAAGUCUGAAGUUCUGUAUCUGCAUGCACAAAGUUUGAGAAGAUGGAGAGUGAGGAAAACAGCCGAACAACUCUGAGCAAGGACUCUGCGGAGGGUCAUCGCAGAGCGGACCCGUCUCCGGUGGUCCACGUGAGGGGGCUGUUGGACUCGAUCACGGAGGAGGAGCUGGUGGAGGCGCUGCAGGGCUUUGGAGCAGUCAGUAAUGUCCGGCUACUGCCCAGGAAUCAGGCCCUGGUGGAGUUUGAGAGCUUGUCGGCCGCGGAGGACUGUGUGGAGUCAGAGGUCACAAUCUCUGGACAGCUGGUCUUCCUGAGCUUCUCCACCAGCAGCCAGAUCAACGAGAGGGCGGAGAGCGGGAGAGAGCCCAACCACGUCCUGCUGUUCACUGUGCUGAACCCACUCUACCCCGUCACCACUGACAUGUUGUAUCUGAUCUGCUGUCCUUACGGUGAAGUCUUGAGGAUUGUUAUAUUCCGAAGAAACGGUCUCCAAGCCAUGGUGGAGUUUGACUGUGUGGAGACGGCCCAGGCGGUGAGAGCGGUUCUGCAAGGAGCAGAACUCUUCUCGGGCUGCUGUUCACUGCGGAUCGAGUUUGCUAAGCCAUCGAAACUCAGCGUGUUGAAGAACGACAGCGAGACGCGAGAUUACACCGUCCCUCCCUUCUAUAAAGCAGAAGCACAGACCAGGCCCGCCUUGCUUGGCCAUCACCCCUCUGCUUUCCACGCUGCGGUCUACGGUCGCCCUGGUCAUUACAGCGCCCCCAGACCCCUUUUAGAGUCGAUGAGGGACCCUGAGUCGCUUGAAGCUGGCAUCCCGUCUCUCCUGAGCCUGCCCAUGCCGCACCGCCUCCCCUCCCAUGGCCCCCCGCCCCCCCCGGCCCUCGGCAGGGUCCUCAUGCUGCACGGCUUGGAGCCCAGCCAGUUCAACUGUGAGAGAGUCUUCAACCUGCUCUGUGUCUUCGGCAACGUGGAGCUGGUGAAGUUUCUGAGGAAUAAGCCGGGUGUAGCUAUGGUCCAGAUGGGGGAUGAAUAUGCAGUAGAGCGAGCUGUGAUGCAUCUCAACAACAGUGUGAUCUUCGACAGCAAGAUCGGAGCGUGCGUCUCCAAACAGCCCGAGAUCAUUCCAGGAAGGUCCUUCGAGCUGGAAGACGGCUCAAGCAGUUACAAGGACUUCUACAUGAGCAAAAACAACCGCUUCACCAGCCAGGAGAAGACUGCCAAGAACCGCUUUCAACACCCCUCCCGCACCCUGCACUUCUUCAGCGCCCCACCAGAGGUCACUGCAGACAACUUCGAGGAGGUCUGUGAUUCACUGAAACUGCCCAGUUUCUGCUCUUGUAAGAUUUUCCCUCCAAAAAAUAAGAGCAGUUCUGGGCUGAUCGAGUGGGACUCCAUCCCUAAAGCAAUGGAGGCUCUAGUGGUGCUGAACCACCAUCUGAUGAGACAAGCAGAUCAGAAAGUUCCCUACACCCUGCGGCUGUGCUUCUCCAACGCAGGGGACAGAGAGUAGAAGAAAGAAACACGACAUUGCAGUCCGACUGGAGGAGACACAUGGAAACACUAACUGGAUACAAGCGGUACUCUGGCACAGUGCUUUAGUGUGAUUCACAGGACAGGCAGUGACCACAGCCCAGAGAAUCCAGACAAUACAACAUGAACUAAAAACCAGGAAGGCGGCAGUCUGUGUGGAAACACAUAGAAAUGGGGCGACCGAAGCCAAAAAGGGUUUUGUUCUGUACAAAUGAGCCAUGUUUUUGUUUUGUUUUUUAUUUAAAAGAAUCUAGUCAGAUUAUUAGCUCAUUAUUCUGAGAGUCGCUAUUCAAUCACGCUGCACUGUAUGCUGUUCAUUUUGUAUACUGGUAAUUCCCUGCCCCCAAGCUCAAAAUAGCUUGUUAGAUUUUUUCCUAUCUUUUAAAUAGCUUGGAUUUCUUUAAAAAAAAAAAAAAAAAAAAAAACACCAAAUGUUGUGUCUUUAUUUCUUCAUAAGCCUGUGUUGCUUUGGCUAGGAGUUUAGAUCUGUUCUUCAGUUCUAGUUGCCUGCCAUAGACAUCUGUAACAUAGGCUAGAUGAGCACAUUUAUAUAAGUUAGUGCCAGCACCAUCUAGUGGACACAAGUAUUGCAAACUAAACCAAAGGAAACUUGUUCUGCAGUGUCUGAUCACUAGAUGGCGCUGUCUAUCUUACAAGAGUCUAUCACAUCACUAUCAGGUUCUGUUAUGUAUUAUAGACAUUUCAGAUGGCUGUAUCACAUCAAUACCAGGGUCUAGUGCUAUAUAUUAUAAAGACAUUUCAGAGGGCUGGAUCGCAUCGAUAUCAGGGUCUAGCGCUGUAUAUUAUAAAGACAUUUCAGAGGGCUGGAUCGCAUCAAUAUCAGGGUCUAGUGCUAUAU